UAAAGAACUUCUCAAGUGUUAAUCUCUUACAUUGCAGCGUCCCAGGUGCCAAUCUGCCAAUCACAGAAAUUAGACACGUUCGGCAUCUGUCAUGUAACAGAGGAGGCCUGGUUUCCCCCCAUCCUGCUCGGCCAGAAUCCCGCGGUCAGGCUCGCCGCAGCAGCUGGCAGUUAUGAAACGGAUUAUCCCUUUUUUUUUUUUUUAUUGUGGGUUUGUGAAAUUGUGAGUUCCUAUGCAAAUUCAGCAAUUUGUUUUUUAAUUAUAAAAAAAAAAAAAAAUCUGCUUUGAAAAAUUUACACUGUAAAAUUUAUGCGUUGAAUGUUAACCUUGGUCAAUCCGAAGAAAUAAACCCACUUUCUAAUCCAAGCUUUAGACACUCCACGUGGCAGUCAUGUCAGCACGUCCCAUCACCCACAGCCUCCGGUGAUGGCUACAUUCCAUGGCUCUCUGCCCAAUUGCCUCCUCUCUCUCUCUCUCUCUCUCAAUUUAUAUAUAAAUAAGAGUCUAUGUUCAAAACUCACUCUUUAAAAUUCCGAUCACUUGUCUCAUUUUCCGGCGACUAAUUUUUUUUAAUGUUAUCUCUUUACAUAUAUUAUCCCAAAUCGUAAAUUUAAACUACAAAAAGCCCACGUAUUCAAAUUGUACCUUCUCUUCACAACGAACUCGUGUUCACCAGGCUGCAUAUGAAACCCACCUGCCUAACUCUUCAACAAUCUCAACCACUUCUACUUGCUCUGCUACUUUGUUUUGGUUCAAGUCUUUUUUGAGUUCGUUCUGAUUUCAUACAAAUGAUGAAUAGAAGAGUGGUGCCGGCGGCUGCUGAGAUGUUGCACUGUAUGGACAUGACAGCGUUGGAGCGGGAACGUGCUCGUAUGAAGUGGCAUCAGGAGCAGUUUCAUGUGGUACAACAACCGCAGCAUCAGCAGCAGGAGAGUUUUUUUAGUGAGUUGAGUGGAGUGUUUUCUGUGCCGAGUCAGGUGCAGAGUUUUGAAGGUGGUUUACUGGGUGGUGGUGCUGGUGGUGGCUCGGUGUUGGGGCCGGUCAAGGCUGACCCAGCAUUAGAGAAUGGGUGGCCAGACUUGGGGAAGGUUACGUUUCCUGGUUAUGGUUUUGGGCCUUGUGGGCUGGGUUUUGAUGCCAAUAAUGCCAUUUCAAGGACUACUAGCGACCCGCCGGCGGUGGCUGCCGAGGCUAGGUUGGAGUCCAGUGUUUUGAGUGAUAAAAUGAAUGCUGCAGUUGGAAGAGAAAGCUUCAAGAAGAGGAAAGCCGAUAAGGUCCAAAACGCCAAGUGCGUGCAGGCUGGAGCAGAGGAUGAGGCCAAAGACAAAAGGAUGAAAGGAUGUGCAGAAGAGGGAGAGUCAAAGAUCACAGAGCAAAACAACAACAAAAAUAACAGCAAUAACAACAGAGAAACAUCUGGUGAUACUUCUAAAGAUAAUUCAAAAGUUUCUGAGGUUCAAAAGCGUGAUUACAUUCAUGUCCGGGCUCGCCGUGGUCAAGCCACUGACAGUCAUAGCUUAGCUGAAAGAGUUAGAAGGGAAAAAAUCAGUGAAAGAAUGAAGUAUUUGCAAGAUUUAGUACCAGGCUGCAACAAGAUCACUGGAAAAGCUGGAAUGCUCGAUGAAAUCAUCAAUUAUGUUCAAUCUCUUCAAAGACAAGUAGAGUUCCUGUCAAUGAAACUAGCUGCUGUGAAUCCCAGGCUUGACUUCAACAUUGGCAGCUUCUUUGCCAAAGAGGAGUUUCCUGCACUUCCACCCAACUUUUCACCAAUUGGAAUAACAUCAGAAAUGAAUAAUCCUGCUUAUCUUCCGUUCAAUCCUGUACCACAAGUAGUUUCAUGCCCUGGAUUGGAAAUGGGAAUCAAUCCUUCUGACAUGGGGCUACGGAGAACUAUCAGUGUUCCUGUGUCGAUCCCGGAAACAUUUCUUGAUCCAUCUUGCUUCACUCUACAGCCCUCUCCAGUCUGGGAUGCUGAUUUACAAAAUUUUUGCAAUUUGGCCUUAGAUCAAGGAAGAUCAACAACACCAAGCUUCCCACCUCAACCAUUUACAGGUUCCAUUGAGGCUAGCAAUCUAAAGAUGGAGAUGUGAAUCAGAGAAAGAGUCAUCAUCCAAUUCCUUUGAUUAGCUAUUGUUUCCUAAUUCCUUUGAUUAGCUAUUGUUUCCUGAUGCCUUUGGUUCAGGUUUUUAUCUGGUUGGCUAAGUACAUAGCGUAUAUAAAUAUUUGUAUGUAUACUUGUGACAUAGUAUUGAAUAAGACUAAUACCUAUUAACUUUAA